UCCUUCUCAUAAGCAAUCUCCCAACUCAUCUCUGCACUCGACCCACGUGAACUGCAGUGAACUGUAUAAGGUCAGAAUUAGCUUGCUCCAACGAGAAUUAGAACGCUACUGAACGGUACGAACAGCAUCUUGAGAGUGCUCUGCUGUUAAAAUGGCAAGUGAGAAAGAGUCAGCGAAAUCCGCGAAAGGAGCCAAAUCCAACGAAGCAAUAUUCGCUGGAUUUCAGGCACUUCGUAAUGACCAACGAACGAUGGCUGAUAAAUUAUCCGAAAUGGAAAUGGAAUUAAAUGAACAUAAGAUAGUCAUCGACACUUUGAAAAAUAUUGAUCCCAAGAGAAAGUGUUAUAGAAUGAUUGGUGGAAUUUUAUGCGAACGCACGGUAGAAAAUAUAAUGCCUAGUUUGGUUACGAACAAGGAGCAGUUGAUAAAGGUCAUAGAGGCAUUGAGCGAACAACUUAUGAAAAAGGGUGUUGAAAUUAAUGAAUACAAAGAAAAGCAUAAUAUUAAAAUUAGAGGACAAGAGGAUUUGCCAAGACAAGCUGGUGACUCGAGCGAUGUUAAAAAGGAGCAAAAGAGAAAUCCAAUUGUUGUCGAUCCUACCGAAGCAAAAUCAUAGUAUUCUGUAUUUUAUUUUUUGCUGAAGUUUUUAUGGUAAUCCUUCGUUUCAACUUUCUUAACCACUGUUACCUCCUGCAUUUAUUUAUUAAUAAAGUCAUCAUCACUUCAGUGUACAUUUGGAAUGUAAAAGAGCUCCAGUUUGUGUUAAAAUGUUUUGAUUGUAAGACAUGCCACGUUUUGAGACAAAAUGUAUUUUAUUCUAGGAGAAUAUCAGUGGCAAGUAUAUCUAUUUGUUAAGUGUAAUUAUAAUUUACUAUCAUUACCACUAUUAGCCAUUUAUUAUUUUAAAUUUGUAUUGUAUAAUAAUCACAGCAUGUUAAGUACAUUUUCUAAGCUCACAAUUACGUAACAAAAAAAUAUAUUCAUUUUUAUAAG